AUGUCGGAAAGCACGACGGGCGCUACCGCUACCUCUGCUGAAGAGGUAAGAGAAAGGCAAUUGCGUGUCAUCGCUGCUCUUAUGUGCAUGCGGGCCAAACAUCGUAGCGAAGAAAGGCAGCUUACGCUGGAGUUGGAAGCGCAGGAAGCCAUUUCCAGGGAGUAUGAAGAGCGACUUUGCGCGAACUGGUUCGCAAUGGCUGCCAUUGUGGCUGCUUCGUCUCCGAUACAUCGGGAACGAUGGGCUUUUCAGCGCAACGAGAGGUGGUUCGAGGACACACUACCGCACUUGGGCGAAGCGCACUUCAAACAGUCGUUCCGCGUGACACCUUCCACGUUCCGCUACCUUGUGGACUCAUUGCUGGGUGAACUGGAACGCCAGGACACAAAUAUGCGUCUGGCUGUGACCGUGGACAAACGAGUCGACAUCGGAUUGUACCGUCUUCGCUCAACAGCAGAAGAUGCUACCAUCGCACAUCUGUUUGGCGUCGGGCGUUCUACAGUAAACGUCGCUUAUCGCGAAUUCUUUGCGGUAGCCAUUAAGGUGCUGGAGCAUCGCUGGCUUCGUAUGGUCCGUCGCGAAGAAAUGCAAGAACAUAUAAAACGGUUCUACGCUUUGAGCGGAUUUCCACAAGCCAUCGGCGCCUUGGAUGGCUGCCAUACUGGUAUAUCGCCACCAACGGAGCACGCCGCUGACUACUACAACUACAAAGCGUGGCACAGCAUCAUACUGUUGGCACUGGUAGAUCAUCAGUACCUGUUCAGAUACAUCAAUGUAGGGAGCCCCGGCAGGUGCCAUGAUGCCUAUGUUUACGGCCGCUCUGAGCUCCACAACUUGGUGGAAAGUGACUUUUUCAAGUCACCUUUAUCACGAAUUGGGGGCACAAGAGUGGGUCCUCUAAUACUUUGUGACCAGGCGUUCCCUUUGACCCCGAACCUCCUCAAGCCAUUUGCAAAUGCUGUUGCAGGAUCUCGGGAAGCAGAUUUAAUUACCAGCUGUCAAAAACGAGAAGGAUAG